AUGUUGUCGCUCACAACCACUGCUCGGUGUCGCACGCACUACGGCCUGGUUUGUGCAUUGCUAUUGAUGGGACCGCUUCAUCUCGCCACUGCAGCGACCGUAAUGGCCGCCGAUGAAUUCGGAAAUACCCCUGUCAUUCUACAAGAAAACCAACAACUGCAUUUUACUGAAGACGAUGUUGUUCCCCAAGAAAUGUCUAUGGAUGACACGACUCAACUGCCUGCAAUUGAUAUGGAUGGCGUUGUAUGUGGACAUGCUGGUGAAGAUGGAGGGAGGCAAGCUGUUGUAUCUGUGGGAAAGGGCGGACGUGCUGAAGACACGGGCAAUGUGCCGUUUGUCGAUGGAACACAGGGUACGCCAACAUUGGGAGCAGGUGCAUCAACAUUGGGAACAGGUACGUCCUCGGAACGUACAACGUCCUCGGAACGUACAAAACCUCCCAAAAAGACAAGAUCACCUUUGCGGGAAUUGAUCCGAGCAGAUGUGGUAGCACGAGUUGAUCUUCGCUCAGAAAUCCGGAAGUUGCAAAACCAGUGUCCGUUUUUUGACACUAAGGUGUACCGCACAACCUUCAGAGAGGCGAUAGAUGAGAUGCAGGUGGAGGAGUCGAUGCAGACGGAGGAGUCGAUACAGAUGGAGGAGGUGAAGCAGAAAGGGGAGAUGCUGAUGGAAGAAUCCCUCCUCCCCUAA